GCCGCCUGCACUUUCUCCUCCACGCCCGCGCCGCCGCCGCGCCAUCCUCCGGCUCCGGCCCCCCGCAGCAACUGCAAAGUCAACCCUUUCAACCCCCUGCGGCACCUGCCAAGUCAACCCCGUGCGGCACGCCAAGUCAACCCCCUGCAGCACCGCCAAGUUAACGUCAACCCCCUCCUGCAGCACCUGCCAAGUCAACCCCCUGCAGCACCUGCCAAGUCAACCCCCUGCGGCACCGCCAAGUCAACCCCUUGCAGCACCCCCAAGUCAACGACUGCAUCAAAUCAGUGGUGGUCCCACUGCCACAGUACCUGGCAUCGCUAUCAAGUCCGAGUCCGAGCGGCACAACUUUGAGCCAAGCGGGCCGCAAGCACCAACUUCCAGGUCGCACGCUUCCCGCGAAGCCGCGGGCUUGGAGGAAGACCUGCGCGACGGUGCGGAGGCUGGCAGCCGGGACAGUAAGGCCGCCAUCGGCUCCAAAAUUGGCUGGUGCACCUUCGACGGGUGCCACACGGGUUUCACGUCCUGGGAGCAGCACCUGGAACAUCACAUGAGUUGCCACUUCGAGCUUCCCCGCAGCCGGUCCUCGUGCUCCGUGUGUCUGGAGCAGGUCGCCGACUACGACGGCCACAUGCUGUCUCACAUGAAGGACGCCGCCUGGGACUGCGGCCGCUGCACUGCGACCUUCGUGAGCCGGGACUCCCUCCAGAAGCACUGGGCCCAGUUCCACUGCCAGAACCCGCCACAGCCGUUGGCGGCCAGGCAGGCAGCGCGCUCUAGGGCAUCUGGAGCGACAGUCGAAGCGGCCGAAGGCGAGGCUCAGAGGGACCACGACGACUUGCCCGCGGUGCUGGGCUGGUGUUCCUUCCCGGGCUGCGUCAAGGGCUUCCUGACGUGGCCAAGCUACGUGGCGCACUACUUGGUGUGCCACGGGCGCCACGACCUCUCCGUCUGCCCCCUCUGCCUGGACAACCACGAGGAGCCGCACGGGGAGAGCGACCUGAAGUGCCCCUGGUGCCCCGCUACCUUCACGGACGGCCGUCAGUUGGUCAAUCAUCAGAGCGUCUUCCACCGUGUUGGGGGAGCACCACCAGCCAAUGCGGCGGCCAGAGAAGAAGCUUCGGCGGCCAGGGGACAAGCUUCGGUGGCCAGAGGAGAAGUGUCAGCGGCCAGAGGACAAGCAUCGGCGGUCAAAGAAGAAGCGUCAGCGGUCAGAGGAGAGACGUUGGCCGCCAGAGGAGAGGCAUCGGUGGUCAAAGAAGAAGAGUCAGCCGUCAAGGGAGAGGCGUCAGUGGCCACAGAAGAAGUGUCAGCGGCCAGUGAAGAAGUGUCAGCGGCCAGAGGAGAAGCGUCGACCGCCGGAGGAGAAGCGUCGGUGGUCAAAGAAGAAGCAUCAGCGGUCAGAGGAGAGGCGUCGGCGGCCAGAGAAGAGGUGUCGGCAGCUGGAGAAGUAUCAGCCCAAGCAGCGUCCCAAAGCCAGGCUGAGGUGGACGGCGUAACCACCCCUGUCGCCCUGGGCUGCUGCACAUACAAAGGCUGCCUCAUGAAUUUCUCAUCGUGGGAAAGCUACGUGUCCCACUGCAAAGCUCGCCACGACUCCUCCGUGUGUCAUCUGUGCCUGGAGAUCCACGCCGAGCCACACGGCCCGCUGGACUUGAAGUGCUCCCGGUGCACAGCCCGCUUCACCAAGGGCUCCCUGCUGCUGGCACACCGGAACCUCUUCCACGGCUCGUGGGACGCCCCCGUGACUUCCGAUUCGGCGAUGUCUCAGCCCCUGACCCCUGAGCCAAGGCCACCCUCGGCCGGCUGGUGCACCUUCCCGCGCUGCGGGAAGCCCGUCUCCUGCUGGAGGGACCACGUGACGCACCAACAGAUCAGCCACUUUCGAGCGAAACAGGAUGGCGCCUUGUGCGUCAUGUGUCUGGAGGUUUGCCCGCCGGGAGCGAUGCCGGACCACCGCCGGGCGCACCGCCUCUGUGAUUGGCCCUGCCCCCGGUGCUCCGCCCGUUUCAUCGGCGGCGUCUCCGACCACAUGAGGAACUUCCACCGUGUGGCGUUAAUUGAAAGGCCGAAAGUGAGGUCCUUCGACAGGUCCAACGACAGGUCCAACGACAGGUCCAACGACAGGUCGAAAGUGAGGUCCUUCGGCAGGUCCAACGACAGGUCCAACGACAGGUCCAACGACAGGUCCAACGACAGGUCCAACGACAGGUCCAACGACAGGUCCAACGACAGGUCCAACGACAGGUCCAACGACGGGUCCAACGACGGGUCCAACGACGGGUCGAACGACAGGGUGGAUGACGGGCUCGAUGGCGGAGCUCCGACGCUGGGGCGUUGCUCCACAGGACGCUGCACAGCCCCAUUCCAAUCCUGGGAAGAUUACGUCCAACACUUCCUGGAUCUCCACUCUACGGUUGAACCUGCCCGAGUCUGCCCUCUGUGCCUGGCGACCCUAAAAACCGUCGACGGUGCUCGGGACCACGUACGGUCCCACUCCCUGCCCGAGUCGUUUCAGAAUCGGUGCAAGAAGUGCUCCGCACGCUUUUUCAAAGCAAGGAGUCUCACAUUACACGUUGCAACUUUCCAUGGGCAGAACGGUCAAAGCUGCUGAGGUGCCGGCGCAAAUUGGCGUCAAACUGAGUGCCUUAUCAAAGUUUUGAUUUUAGUACAAGAGUUACAAAAUGUUUUAAGAUAACUCGAGAGUUUUAAAUAAUAAGUUUUAAUUUUAGUCCAGAAGUUUAUAAACAUGAGUUUUAGUUUAAGUGUCGGAGGUUUUUGAAGGAGAUUUUUACAAAAUUGUUUUAAUUUUAGUUUUACAAAGUUAGUUUUAGAUUUUAUUUUUAAAUGGCCACUUGCCAGCCCACUAUAAAAAGGAGUGGUUGUUACUCCAAUGACAGAACCUUUUUUCAUGUAUGAAACCUUUCAGUUUGGAUAGAAUUUCCCCAGACCUUGAACUCGUUGAUAGGUGGGGGUUUGUCGCUUAUAAAUUUACUUGUAUACAUACUAACAUUACUAACAACCUACUACUAACAUUAUUUAGGAACUUGUGCCUGCCUGCCAAGAGCUGUUGCUUAGCCUGUAGUAUUGUGAACCAACUAUUACUAGAGCCUCUUGUGACUUAAAAAUAGUGCGUAUAUGAGACACAGUAGACAAAUGUUCCAAAUGAUAGCCUUAAGAACGUUUUGAAUAAAUGAAGUCAUUACA